AUGUUUGGAAACAAAAGUUUAGACAUCCCGGCCGUUGAGUUGGUAGUGAACCACAACAUCCCGAGCAUUCCGAAGGACUACGUGCAUCGGGUUGGCAGAACUGCUAGGGCGGGAAGAGGGGGAACCGCCAUUUCACUAGUGACUCCGCACGACAUCCAUCUGGUGCAUGCUAUCGAAGCCAACAUUAACACUAAGCUCAAGGAGUAUCAGAUUGAUGGUCGAGAAGUGGCGAAGAUUUUCACUCAGGUCUCAGUUUCCAAAAGAGAGGCUGAAAUAAAGCUUGAUGACUCCGACUUCAAUGAGAAGAAAAAGCUCUACAAGAGGAAAAAGAUGAUUCUUGAAGGUAAGGAUCCUGAUGAAGAGGAACAAAAGCUUGAAGAGAAAAGGAAACAAUUUCGAAAGGAACAAAGAAAGAAACUAAGGAAAAGGAUGAAGGAAAAGCAGAAAGCCAAAACGGACAGUCAAGUUGAAACAGAAAUAACCGAAGAUAGUGAACAAAAAGACGAGAAAAACUCUGUAUAA